UUAUUGGUUUUCUUUUUUUAGAUUAAUACUUGUACUAACAUUCCUAUUAAUGAUAAUAGGAACAGCAUACGAUGUAUUGAUAUACCAAAAACAUUUAAAGAAAGAUGAAAAGUACCUUCAAAAACCUACAAAUGAUAAUUCUCUAACUAUAGAAGACCCAAAAGCGCUAGACAAUAGUAACAAGAAUCAUAUGAAAAAAUUAAAAUACCAUAGAUUUUUUUCUAAAAUAUUUAUAGCUUUUUCCGUAUAUUCGAACACGAAAAUAAUAUUUAGUACGAAAUCUGAGGAUUCAGAUAUUCUGGCUAUUCACGGAAUAAGAUUUCUUACGAUGAUAUGGAUUAUUUUGGUGCACAUGUGUCUCUAUUUAGAGUAUUUUUAUGAUAAUAAGCAAAUUCUUGUAAGAAACUUAGACGGUUUCUUCACUCAAGUGAUUAUAAAUGGGACUACGGGAGUUGAUACGUUUUUUUGUUUUGGUAGUUUUCUGGUCGCUUACUUGUAUUUUAAAAAAUACACGAUCAAGAAUAUACAUGAACCGAAUAAUUAUUUAAAUGUAAUAAAAUUAUAUUUUAUCGCUCUCCUGAAAAGGUUUAUAAGAUUGACACCUCCUUACAUGAUAAUUAUAGGAUUAUUGCAAAUAAUUACUACGUGGUACAGUAAAACGUCCCUCUUUCCCAUAAUGGAACGUAACCACGAAAAUUGUCAAAGCUAUUGGUGGAGAAAUUUUCUUUAUAUUCAAAAUUUAUUUAGUUUGCAGAAUAUGUGUAUGAGUUGGAGCUGGUACUUGGCGAACGAUAUGCAAUACUUCGUCAUAAUCAAUUUUCUGUUAUACUUAUCUUCAACGUAUUUCAAGAUAGCAGCUAGUUUGUUGGGCUUAUUGUUUACCUCAUCAAUAAUUCUUACAGGCUAUAUAUCCUACAUCUAUAAUUAUGUGCCUACAGUGGAUAAGAUAAUAAAUUUAAUGGACGUAAUAUACUAUCCACCAUGGAUUAGGAUAGGACCUUCCCUAGUAGGCGUGAUAACUGCGUUUAUUGUUAUCAAAUUAAACAACAAAUUAUUAUGGAAAAAAAAAACUAUAAUAUUCUUUUCGAUACUAGCUAGUUUAUGUAAUUUAUUAGUAUUGUUUGGAUUAUAUGAGAGAAGAAUAUCAGUUUUAAAUGCUGCUAUUUACGUUGCUCUCAGUAGAACUGUAUGGGCAAUUGGUAUUGCAUGGCUAUUAAUAGCAUGCUGUACAAAUAAUGGAGGUAUAGUGAACAGUAUUCUUUCGUGGAAAGUUUGGAUCCCUUUUAGUCGAUUGACUUACGCAGCUUAUUUGAUAAAUCCAAUUGUUAUAAGUUCUGUAAACUUUUUGAAUGAUACUUCCCUUCACUUUAAUAUUCCAUUGCUCGGAAUUUUAGGUCUAGGAAACGUAGUAUUAAUUUACAUAUGCUCUUACAUAGUAUCUUUAAUGUUCGAAUUGCCGUACAUUAACUUGAUGAAGGAAGGAAUGAAAUACUUAAAUUAAAAAACAUGGUUAUUUUAU